UCGUCGCUUUCAGUCCGCAAGACGCGCUCCGUUCCGUUCCGCUCGCUUCGUGCCGUUCAGAGUCCUGUUCGGUUCUGUUCGUCCGCAUCCGCAUCCGCAGGAGCUGCCUGCCGACGUCCAGAGCCAGAUAGCCAGGUUUCAAAGUCUGAGCUUGGCUUGGCCCGGCUGGAGCGGACCGCCCGAACUAGAGCUCGGACAAGUGGACACAACUAACGCCUAGGCCUAGACUCGACCGCCAGACCAAGUGAGCGUUGCGCCCAGGAUGCGAACGUAAACCAAUGCGCAGUACCCAAUUCAAACUCGAAAACUCCCCUGGAAAGCGAACUGAGGGCGAAACGGCUGGCAAGCGUAUCCAGACUGCUGAGGAGAACGCAAUCCAUCCACACGCGGAACAAUAGCAUCGCCCAACCACAUCCCGGCCAGAUGCACUAGAGAGCACCGGAGCACCGAGCACCGGAUCCCAGCGAACUUCGAGGCCCAGUCCACAGUCAUGAUGCCCAGUCGCGUCAAACUGAAAUGCGGCACGGAUGAGCCCCCGAGCCUGAGGACGACCGACGACGACGACGAGGCCCACACCACUUCCAACACUGCCAGCUGCCAGCACAAUAGCAAUAGACGACUAACCCCUCCAAGCGGCUCCCUCCCGCUGAUCCUCCUGCUGCUCCUGCUGAUCCUGGACAGCUGCCACUCCCUCCGGCUGACCAACGGAGGCGGCAGCCUGAGCAAGGGCGCGGCGGCCAACAAGGAGCAGCUCAACAUCGGCCUGAUCGCACCCCACACGAACUUCGGAAAGCGCGAGUACCUGCGCAGCAUCAACAACGCGGUCACCGGCCUUACAAAGACGCGCGGCGCCAAGCUGACCUUCCUCAAGGACUACUCCUUCGAGCAGAAGAACAUCCACUUCGACAUGAUGUCGCUGACGCCCAGUCCGACAGCCAUCCUCAGCACGCUGUGCAAGGAGUUCCUGCGCGUGAACGUGUCGGCCAUCCUGUACAUGAUGAACAACGAACAGUUCGGGCACAGCACGGCCUCCGCGCAGUACUUCCUGCAGUUGGCCGGCUACCUGGGCAUCCCGGUGAUCUCGUGGAACGCCGACAACUCGGGCCUGGAGCGGCGGGCCUCGCAGUCGACGCUGCAACUGCAACUGGCCCCGAGCAUCGAGCACCAGAGCGCCGCGAUGCUGAGCAUCCUGGAGCGCUACAAGUGGCACCAGUUCUCGGUGGUCACCUCGCAGAUAGCCGGCCACGACGACUUCGUGCAGGCGGUGCGGGAGCGCGUGGCCGAGAUGCAGGAGCACUUCAAGUUCACCAUCCUCAACUCGAUCGUGGUCACGCGGACCAGCGACCUCAUGGAGCUGGUGAACAGCGAGGCGCGGGUGAUGCUGCUCUAUGCCACGCAGACGGAGGCCAUCACCAUCCUGCGCGCCGCCGAGGAGAUGAAGCUCACCGGCGAGAACUACGUGUGGGUGGUCAGCCAGUCGGUCAUCGAGAAGAAGGACGCCCACUCCCAGUUCCCCGUGGGCAUGCUCGGCGUGCACUUCGACACCUCCAGUGCGGCGCUCAUGAACGAGAUCUCCAACGCCAUCAAGAUCUACAGCUACGGCGUGGAGGCCUACCUGACGGACCCGGCCAACCGCGACCGCCGCCUCACCACCCAGUCGUUGUCCUGCGAGGACGAGGGUCGCGGCCGGUGGGACAACGGAGAAAUCUUUUUCAAGUACUUGCGCAACGUGUCCAUCGAGGGGGACCUGAACAAGCCAAACAUCGAGUUCACGGCAGACGGUGACCUGCGCUCGGCGGAGCUCAAGAUCAUGAACCUCCGGCCCAGCGCCAACAACAAGAACCUCGUGUGGGAGGAGAUUGGAGUGUGGAAGUCCUGGGAGACGCAGAAGCUGGACAUACGCGACAUUGCGUGGCCCGGCAACUCGCACGCCCCGCCCCAGGGCGUGCCGGAGAAGUUCCAUUUGAAGAUCACAUUUCUCGAAGAGGCACCCUAUAUCAAUCUGUCGCCCGCGGACCCGGUGAGUGGCAAGUGCCUGAUGGACCGCGGUGUGCUCUGCCGGGUGGCGGCCGACCACGAGAUGGCCGCCGACAUCGACGUGGGCCAGGCACACCGCAACGAGUCCUUCUACCAGUGCUGCAGCGGCUUCUGCAUCGACCUGCUGGAGAAGUUUGCCGAGGAGCUGGGCUUCACCUACGAGCUGGUGCGGGUCGAAGAUGGUAAAUGGGGUACCCUCGAGAAUGGCAAGUGGAACGGCCUGAUCGCCGACCUGGUCAACCGCAAGACGGACAUGGUCCUCACCUCGCUGAUGAUCAACACGGAGCGCGAGGCGGUCGUCGACUUCUCCGAGCCCUUCAUGGAGACCGGCAUCGCCAUCGUGGUGGCCAAGCGCACGGGCAUCAUCUCGCCCACGGCGUUCCUGGAGCCCUUCGACACGGCCUCCUGGAUGCUGGUAAGUAGAGACUGCAGCCUUGCUCCUCUUCUGUCCCCCUGUUCAGCCUUCUCACGGGUAAGUGUCCCUGCUCCUCUCUCCCUCUCUCUCUCUCUUUUGGCUCUGUCUGCGUGCCCAGGUGGGCAUAGUGGCCAUCCAGGCGGCCACCUUCAUGAUCUUCCUGUUCGAGUGGCUGUCGCCCAGCGGCUACGACAUGAAGCUGUACCUGCAGAACACCAACGUGACCCCGUACCGCUUCUCCCUGUUCCGCACCUACUGGCUGGUGUGGGCCGUGCUGUUCCAGGCCGCCGUCCAUGUGGACUCGCCGCGCGGCUUCACCUCGCGCUUCAUGACCAACGUGUGGGCCCUCUUCGCCGUCGUGUUCCUGGCCAUAUACACUGCCAACCUGGCCGCCUUCAUGAUAACCAGGGAGGAGUUCCACGAGUUCAGCGGGCUCAACGACAGUCGUCUGGUGCACCCCUUCUCCCACAAGCCCUCCUUCAAGUUCGGCACCAUCCCGUACAGCCACACGGACUCGACCAUCCACAAGUACUUCAACGUCAUGCACAACUACAUGCGGCAGUACAACAAGACCAGCGUGGCCGACGGAGUGGCCGCCGUGCUCAACGGCAACUUGGACUCCUUCAUCUACGACGGCACUGUGCUGGACUACCUGGUGGCCCAGGACGAGGACUGCCGCCUCAUGACCGUGGGCAGUUGGUAUGCCAUGACGGGCUACGGACUGGCAUUCAGCCGCAACUCCAAGUACGUGCAGAUGUUCAACAAACGGCUGCUCGAGUUCCGGGCGAACGGGGACCUGGAGCGGCUGCGGCGCUACUGGAUGACGGGCACGUGCCGGCCGGGCAAGCAGGAGCACAAGUCCUCGGACCCGCUGGCCCUGGAGCAGUUCCUCUCCGCCUUCCUGCUCCUGAUGGCCGGCAUCCUGCUGGCGGCGCUGCUGCUCCUGCUGGAGCACGUCUACUUCAAGUACAUUCGCAAGCGGCUGGCCAAGAAGGACGGCGGCCACUGCUGCGCGCUCAUCUCGCUGUCCAUGGGCAAGUCGCUGACCUUCCGUGGCGCCGUCUUCGAGGCCACCGAGAUCCUCAAGAAGCACCGCUGCAACGACCCCAUCUGCGACACGCACCUCUGGAAGGUCAAGCACGAGCUGGACAUGUCUCGCCUGCGUGUCCGCCAGCUGGAGAAGGUCAUGGACAAGCAUGGCAUCAAGGCGCCGCAGCUGAGGCUGGCCUCCUCAUCGGAUCUGCUGAACCACCAUCAUCUCAAGGAGCGGCCGCCGCUGCUGGGCAACCUGAGCCUCGCCGCCAGCGCCCAAGAUCUAUACAGGUGGUCGUACAAAACGGAAAUCGCCGAGAUGGAGACGGUGCUCUGAAGCGUUUAUGGCUGGAAGUGGAGCUGCUUCUUGCACCAGACAGACACCCGCAAUCGAGCAACGUUUUUAGAGUUACUGGAGCCAGAGUGCAGUCCUAGAGCGAGUACGUCUAAUCAAAAUCAACGUUUCAAAUAAAAUGUAAACUGAAAGCUUUCGGAAGUUAGAGACAGGGAGAUACGAGAUAGCGAAAUGGAACCCAAAGCGCCUCACGAAAACCGCACACACUCAAAAAUCGAGGACGACGUGAAACCUAGAUUUUCAGCCUAGGAAAACCCAAAGAUUGUAUAAAGUUAAACUAAUUGUAAAACAGUAAAACCAACAGUUAAACCUAACGGCACACGGGGAAGAACAACCAAAAAGCAGCCGCCGCACGAGUAUUUCAUAAAAUAAGUUUUAAUGGAGAUCAGGAGGUAGAAGGUAAAAGGAGAAGCUAGGGAGAUCAAGCGUUACAUUUUUGGCGAUUGAACUGUUAACCGUUAACAAGGAGCAGGGGAAGAAGAGGAGUAGAUUCAACCCAGAGUUGGGGAUGUUUGUAUGUAAUCCGUUUGAUUGUUUGUGAUUGUUGUUUCGUUUGUUGUCUUUUUUUGGAUAGUAAAUAUUUACGAAAUCAUAAUCAAGUAAGCGUAUGGCAAGGGCUAACAUACAAGCAGGACGAGAAAGCGGCGCCGGUUGCCACGCCCAUUAUUAAAUAUACACAUUAACAGAUUUAUAUGUAUUUACCUUGCUAUGAUUACGACGAUAUAAAUGUUAUUGCAUAUACACGUACAUAUACAUUUAAAGAACAAGAAACAAGAAAUAUUUACAUAUGAAUAUACAUGUAUGUAUGUACUUAUAUUUUUUUCUGAUUUUGAUAAAGAAAUCGCUUAUGUACCGCUAACAAAAAAACCCAAGAAGAAUAAAAACCAAGGGGGAAAAACAAAAUUUUCAUCUCGCUAGGAGAUACCCACACAACUACGAUGCUUCAUUUUAGUUGCUUCCUUCUGCUUAGCUGGGCAACUGUUGCCAGCGUUCUUUUGUUUCAUUCACUUUCACUUUUAUUUCGCUUGCUCGCCGAGAGAGACCUUUCCCCACCCUAACGCUCACCACCAUUUCAUCAUGGCCAAAAUCUAAACCAAAUCAGAUUUUCGCUUUCUAGUUCGACUCUCUUGCAUGUGGCCUAAAGUUAAUGAAAACACUCUCUCUCACACCCACCUGCACACACCCCAUACACUCACCUAAACAAGAGAUAAAAGAAUAUUUAUAAAUGUGCAUUGUUGUUGUGGCGAGCAAAACGUGCUUAAAUCAGAUUUAAAGUAAACUCAAAAUCGAAUUAAAUAUGUACAAAGGUUAAACUAUUAAACGCAUGAACUAAAAACGCGACGUAAAUAAUGAACUAACUGAAGAAUCGGAGGCGUGUAUUGUGUUGGUAUUUCUUUAUGUGUGUCUUCUAAGUGUCUUGCAAGGAUUACCAAUAAUCAAAGCAAGCACAGAACGUAAAUAUAAACAUCAAAAAUUAACUAACACUCUUAAAUCGGAGUGACAACUAAAACCACUUUUAACACACACUAGUACAGCAACCAAACACGCACGGCUUUUCAGCUGUGUGUGUGCUUCUUUGAGACUCUUUUCGUUUAAGCCAUCUCUGUUUAAUUAAACUAUUAUGGGUGGUUCCCAUUUGUUCCCCGCCACCACUCGUCGUUCAAAACGGCGAGAGCGGGCGAGCGAGACGGCAACUGCAACAGCAACACACCACUACAACAACCAGAGCAACACGUGACAAACGAACUGGACAUCAGCGAGAGCGACACAAGGACACACAACAAAAACAAUGUUAACAGCUAAACAAGAAAACAAAGAAACUUAUUGAGUUUUAUUUGCAAAAGAGUGAUUUUUUGUAGUGGAAAUAUUUUAUACACAAGUUACGGAUGGUUCGAAUGAAAGACAAAGCGAAAUGUUAAUUAUUACGUAUAUGUAUAUAUUUUUUAAGACAAAUUGUUCAGAUUUAUUAUACGAGUACUACCAAACAAAGCGAGUCAAAAACCAAAGCUAAGCCAAAACGAAAAGCAUGAAACUGGAAAAUGAUUUUGCAGACAACCAUUUAGUAUUUAAACGGAGGGCGAAGAAGAGCAGCAGGGGAACAGGGGAAGGGAAGAGAAAACAAAACCUUUACGGACAAAUUAAAACAAGUAAAACAAGUUAACAUUACAUUAUAUAAGUAGUUAGUAAUUUAAAACUAAACCCAAAGAAAAUAAGCUAAACAUUACGACAAAUGAUACUAAAAGCAAACAAAAAAAAGUUUAUGUAUACAAAAAGAUGUUUUUUUUUAAAUAUUAUUAAUGUUAUUAAGUUACGAGUGCGAAUGACGAGCGUCACAUAGUCACACUGUCCAGACACCCACACUAACACGCUCACAGGAGUACACACGAUUAACGAGUGCAUUUUGUUAGGUGUUAAACAUUAAAAAACAAAGGAGAAUCCAAAGAAACAUAAACAUAAAUCGAAAACGAAUCAAUUUUUAAACGCAAAGAUAUCUCCUCGAACAUAACGAAAAACGAAUUCUGAAGAUGGCGCCGGUUAACUUGAAUCUAAGCUGAAUCUAGGCAAAAACUAGCGAAAUAAGUGAGAGCCCACACCUGUCCACACCUCAGCGAAGGUGAAAGCGGGACGGAACGAUGGCUGAUCGUAUUUCAAGUUACUAACACGACCCAAUUUUUUAACCACGCCAACGGAUCGAGCGAAGAAGCGUUUCACGAACAUAAACUAAGCAAAUGGAAUAUGCGUACAUUGUUGUGGUAGUUACAGAUGGCGAGAAGCAUACACGUAAAUUAA